AUGCAAACAGCCCCAAAUGUUUCUAAAUGUGGGAAGGAUAUCAUCCAAUCAGAAUGCCCGAUUCCAGCAGAGGAGGGGUUUGCAGAUACCCUUGGUAACACAGAUCCCAACGCCAAUUGCGGGGCGGAGCCUAACUUCAACCUCAACCUCAAUCUGACUUCACCAAGCAACCCCCGCCCGGCCACGGAGACCUCAAAGCUGCAUGGAGGGAACAAAAAGGGCGAUGGGAAUAAAGGAGGUGGAAAACCUGGAGCAAAAGGAGCAGCCAUGACGGAAACGGGCAAAUCAGCAAGUACCCUGACAACCGCUGCCACGUCACCUGGGGAGAGAGAUGAUCCAUCACAGCAAAAAAGCAAAAUUCCAGCUUUCUAUCGUUCACAAACCGCCGAGGUGUCAGGGAACAGCAGGAGCGAUCAAAGGCUCAAAUCACCAAAACCAAAACAUACCCCAACGCUCAGCCCAAAGACGCAGCCACACACCAACACGGCGACAAGUCCAAAACCACACCACAGAGAUCAAAUGACAGAUGCUGCUAGCCCCAGAAUGACCGAAAGAGUCAAAACACAAGUGCUAGGAGUGAAAUCUGCAAGCAUUUCAAGCACCAGACCACAUAUUGGUCUGACACCUGAAAUGACAACUAAGACUACGAACAAAAUUACAGUGAGCCUGAAAAUGCAAACAAAUUGGGAAAAAGAUGGCAGGAAAGAAAUUAGCCCAGAGACACAGUCACCAAAAACGCUGCACCUUCCUGUAAGCCCUGAAGUCCACAAUCAGCGAGAGAGAGACAUUAUCAGUCCCAAACUGGCCAAUCGAACCCCAACAAUGACAGCAAAAACCCAGAGACCAGACCCAGCAAGCAAGUCGGAAAAUCAGAGGGCCGAAUCAGCACGGCUUCAUCCCAAGACCCUGCAACUAAGUUCAUUAAGUCCCAAACCAUCCACUCAGAGAAAAGUCCCAAACCAUCCAGGGUCCAGGGAGAAUCUUGGUAGUAAAGACUCAAGUGCUGGGUCUGGAUCCAAAAUUAGUCCCAAAUCCAGUUCAAAUUCUAAAGCCAUGACGCUGACCAGGGACAGUUUGGACUCUAAAAGCGGAACCAAUUCCAAAGCCAGUCCUAAUUCUAAGUCAAGGAUUAGUUCCAGAGAUAGCCCUGAUUUAAAAAUUGGUACUGAAAACAAAGUAAGUUCUGGAUCUAAAACAGGUCUCGAUUCUGCGACAUUUGUGGUUUCUAAAUCUGGCAUAAGGUCAAAGCAUGACCCAGAUCCUAACACUCGCACUCCCCCAGACAACAAAGCCAGUUUCAAUCUUAAAACCAGUCCAAGCUUUAAACAUGGCUCUGAGUUGAAUGUCAUCUCCAGUUCCGAUGCCCUUGGUCCGGUGUGGUCAGCUUCAAAACCUACUCUGAUGGCCUCUGGCUCUAAGGUGGACCUUGUCAGAUCUGUUUCCCCAUCAUCCUCUAGAAGUGGUCUGCCUCGGUCCAAAGACAACAACCUCAAGGCUCCAGGGUCUGGCACUAAGCCCAGUUCGGAUCCUAAUGCUGGAUCAGAGUCUUCGAAGCCUGGACCGGUUCAAUCUAGUUCAAAGUCAGCUCUGACAGAUUUGUCUUCCUCCUUGACACCCUCCUCGCCUAGACCUGGCUCAGCAAGUCCUGGUGUGAUCUCAGGCCCGCUGGCCACCUCCAGCCCCAAAACUAGAACCACUGUUGCCCUGACAACAAAGGGAGGAUCCACAUCAGAGCCUGCAGCAUCUAUUGCCGUGGAAACAAAUCCCAGCAGGACAUCCCAUAAUACCAGUCUGACUCGAGGUCUUACCUUUGACUCUGUCACCAAGACACCAGUGAAAAUGGGUGCUGCUGUCGAGGGAGAACAUUUGAAACCGGCAGAGACCCAAGUGGCAGCUGUAGGAGGACCGGUGGCAUCCCAGGGGGGUGUGCGAGGGGUAGGUGUGACUGACAGUGCAGGGUGGUCGCCAGGAGAUACCAGAAGGAUAUCAGGCACCCCAUCGAGCCAACCGGGUCACCUGGGAGACACAAAUGCCAUCACUGCUGGUAGCAACAUCCCAUCGUCAGGGGCAACGGCGGUAGAGAGCCAGAAAGAAGAGAAGAAGAAGGAAAGGGGGAGACAGAAAGAUGAUUUGGGGGGUUCUUGCUCACCCCUCUCUUCUUCUGCUCCCAGCUCCAAGACGGUCAGAGAGACAGCGACCAUGACCGACCCCAGUGAGAGGCUCUGUCUGCGGGGAGGGGAGUGGAGAGAGGUGGGCGUCCAGGCGGAGGUGGAGGUAGUUGAACGCUCAGCUUCCACCAGCCCCAGCCUCCAAAGGGAAGCUCCCUCCUCCUCCCUGAUUUGCUCCCCCAGCUGUCACUCAGGUAGUUUGACCUCACCAACAGUCCCGUCACUGUGCUGCAUCCCUGCUGGACAGCCCCCCCUCAAGCAUGUCUGCAAGAUUGACAUCGAGCUGCGCAGCCAAUCCGUGCUUCCCUCAGCUGUGACUGACAAAGCUAGUUCCCUCCCCACCUGUCUGCGUACCUACAGCUUCCAGCAGAGCCCCAACCUCCUGUCAGAGCUACGACUCGGGCAAGACAGAGAUGAGGUGCUGUGGGACGAGCAGGGGAUGACGUGGGAGGUGUACGGUGCCUCGGUGGACCUGGAGUCACUGGGCACGGCGAUCCAGUCCCACCUGGAGUCCAAGAUCCGCGAGCAGGAGAAACACAUCAGGACUCUGAGGAAGUCCAUCUGCUCUGACAGCAGCGUCAGAGGAUAUAAGAUGAAAAAAGGGAAGAAGGGCAGCGGAGGGAUCCUGGGAUGUUGUAGGAAGACGCCAGCUGUGGCAGACUGA